UAGGGUAAGUAAGAAUAAUCUGUAUCUCUCUAGUGAUUAUUAAUAUUCCUUUCUUUGUCUCUUUCAUUUGUUUCUCUCUAGCUCUAGCUCAUAUUCAGGUGUUAGAAAUAUAUGGCUAGCUAGGUAGACAUGGAUUCUGGUAAUAGUUGUAGUUUGAAUUCAUCGAGUGGUGGAGAUGAUCAAGAUCAAUACGAUUCACUAAGAAAUACUCAUGAGUCAUCGAUUUCAGCUUUUUUGAAUCCUUCCAAUAACACCCAUCAAGUCAAUAAUAAUAGUAACUUCUUUUCUAAUUCCAACCAACAACAACCACCACUUCACCCUCAUAUGUCUCAUGACCACCCCCACCAACAACAACAAUCUUCCAUAAAUUUUGAUCAUCUCUCUAACUAUCUAAACCCUUUCUCAUCAUCUAGAUCUUCUCCACAAACUCAAAAUUCUUUGCUAAAUCUUGAUAUGGUUUGGCCUAAAAACAUUAUUACGUCGGUAGAUCCUAAUAGUUCAACCAGCAACAAUAAUCUAAUGGGUUCAUCAUCAUCACCAUCAUCAUCGACACAGCAACACAAUCAAUAUUUGGGUGGAAAUAUCCAUUUUUCGAACCCGUUAGUACAACCAUCUCUUGGUGAUGGUAGUGCCAGGGUAUCAUCUGAUAAUCAUCAUCAGAAAGCAACCCGAAAUCCUAAGAAGAGAACCAGAGCUUCUCGACGUGCACCCACAACUGUUCUCACCACUGAUACAUCGAAUUUUAGAGCUAUGGUGCAAGAGUUCACCGGUAUCCCAGCCGCACCUUUCUCCGCCUCUACGCCAGUGUUCCCUCGAAGCAGAUUUGAUCUUUUCAAUACUUCAGCGACCUCUGCAGCACCUCCAUACCUCUUAAGACCGUUUCCGCAUAAGGUUAAUCAUCAACUACCUUCAUCUUCUACUUCCAUUAAUACUACUGGUACCACUGAUAGUGCUCAUCAUUCUAAUGAACCUCAAAAUCUAUUAAACAUUCAGAGCCUCACAUUUCAAUCUCUUUUAAACCCUAAUCAUCAUCAACAAUCGAACGUACCCAUGUUAUUUGCUCAUCAUGAUAAAUCUAAAGUUCGGCAAUCGUCAUUAUCAAAUGAUAACCCACAGCUUAGAAUGGCUGCAAUGGAAGAAUUCAAUAUGAAUAUUAAUACGACUGCUACAACUACUAGUCAUGGUAUUCUUGGGGGUACUCUUUCAAAUGUUGUUGAUACUUCUAAUGAUAUGGCGUUAGGGAUUAACAGUGGACGUCAUCAUAAUGGUAAUGAAAAUAAUGAUCAUUUGGGCUCAUCCUUCAGUGGUAACUACGACUGUUCACAACGUAUUAGUGGUACUAACACUUCUAGUAAUUCCAAGAUGAACUUCACAGGUUCCUCAACAUCGGAUUUUCAUACCGAUAACGUAGGGUUCGAUAAUAUUGGAGAUGGUUUUAACAAGAGGUGAUCAAGAUAUAUAUAUAUGCUUGACAUUCAUUCAUAUAUAUGUGUAUGUCAUCUUCUCAUUAAUUUAGGGUUUCGUAAAUUUAAAGGAGAAGGAGAGAAAGAAAUGAGAAUUAACUACUGUUGCUUCAUUCCUUUAUAUAUGUACCAACUAAACAUAGUAAAAGAGCUACAGAUUUUUUUUUAUUUUCGUCGAACUUUUGAGAAAAUUCUUGUCAA